AUGAACAUCACCGACUCAAACUUUGAUCCGACCACCAAUUCUCACACAUCCACCUCACCUAAUUCUGCCCAAUUUCACUCCUCAUCCACUAUCCUUGCCGUUGCCUCCUCCUUAUCCCUGUUCUCCUCCACCACUCUGCAUAAAAAAAAACCCUCUCAAAAAUCCAUUUCCACAUCUUAUUUCUCACUUGAUUCGUCCGACGCUGAAGACCUCACUUUCCUCGACCAAUUUCGUUUCAUCGACGGCCGUCAAUACCACAACGAAAAAAAUGCUCAUUACUAUCUACCUAACGACAAACAAGAAUCGGAUCGACUACGAAUUCAACAUUAUGUUGUCCACGAAAUUUGGAAGGGAAAUUAUUCAUCGCCAAUAAAGCAGCGGCUGAUUGAUGGGAACACAAAUGUUUUGGAUAUCGGGUGUGGACCCGGAACGUGGAUUCUAGACAUGGGUACCACCUAUCCAUCCUCAACAUUCAUCGGAAUCGACUUUUCUCCGGUAUUUCCUAAUUCUUCCUUUACGCCGCCUAAUUCCAUUUUCCUACGCCACAACAUCCUUGAACGUCUGCCAUUUCCAGAUUCCUCCUUUGACUUUGUGUUCCAGCGGUUUCUCGCAAUGUCAUUUGAUGAGGUGGGAUGGAAUGAUUUGUUCACUGAGAUCGUGAGGGUGAUGAAACAGGAUGGGUGGUUAGAAAUGAUGAACUUUGGGUGUGAAUUGAAAAAUCCGGGGCCUUGCACAAAGAGAUUGGCUGAUGCUGUCAUCGAAUUCCACGAGUCAAAAGAUAUAAAAGUUCCCACAAGUAUCGACUUGAGAAAAUGCUUCGAACAAACUCGGCAAAUCACAGACAUAAGUAUUGAGGAGAAGCAUCUUCCAUUGGGUAAAUGGGCGGGCCAGGUUGGGCAACUUGCAAAAACUAAUUUCAACAGUGAAAUCCUGGGUCUUAAACCCUUCCUACUGCCAUUCAUGAAUGUUACCAGCGAAGAAUUUCAAUUGCUGCUCGAUAACUCGGAUGCUGAAGUGAACGAUUAUCAGACCUCUUUAAGUACUUAUCGAGUUUUUGGACGGAAAGUAAAUGAUGAACAGAGUAAACAGAUGUGGGUUCAAUAUCAUCAUUCCUUGUGA